CUGCCUUGCAGUGCAAGUUCACUCUAUUGUCUCUUCUUCACUCUCUCCGAUCGCACAGAUCGGAAAAGUAAGAUCUGAAAUACAUAAGUUCAUCGGAGCAUAUAUAAAUGGCUCGAUACGACAGGGCGAUCACGGUGUUCUCGCCGGACGGCCAUCUCUUCCAAGUUGAAUAUGCACUUGAAGCUGUACGGAAAGGCAACGCCGUUGUCGGCGUCCGUGGCACCGACACCAUCGUCCUCGCUGUCGAGAAGAAAUCCACCCCCAAGCUUCAAGACACCCGAUCGGUUAGAAAAAUCGUAAAUUUGGAUGAUCACGUUGCAUUGGCCUGUGCUGGACUGAAAGCAGAUGCACGUGUUCUGAUAAAUAGGGCACGCAUUGAAUGUCAGAGUCAUAGACUUACAGUUGAGGAUCCUGUGACUGUUGAAUAUAUAACGCGUUAUAUUGCUGGUCUUCAGCAAAAAUAUACACAAAGUGGUGGUGUAAGACCAUUUGGCCUCUCAACCUUGAUUGUUGGUUUUGACCCAUACACUGGUGUUCCAUCGCUUUAUCAGACAGAUCCAUCAGGGACUUUUUCAGCAUGGAAAGCCAAUGCGACUGGAAGAAACUCAAAUUCGAUUCGGGAAUUUUUGGAGAAGAAUUACAAGGAAACAUCCGGACAGGAAACCUUGAAGUUAGCCAUUCGUGCUUUGCUUGAAGUUGUUGAGAGUGGGGGAAAGAACAUAGAAGUUGCUGUGAUGACAAAAGAGCAUGGACUACGACAACUUGAAGAAGCCGAAAUUGACUCCAUAGUUGCUGACAUUGAAGCAGAGAAAGCAGCCGCAGAGGCAGCCAAGAAGGCCCCUAUGAAAGAAACUUAGUCCUGCUAAGCUUCUUCUACUCCAUGAACUUUUUUUUUAUCUUUUAGUUUUUCUUGGUAAAACUAUAUUGUUAACGAACAUUAAUUUCUUUAUCAAGCAGGACCUAGAACUUGUUACUUGGCAAUUGUCAUCUUUUACUUUGGUCAUGCUGAACUUCCUGUUUUCUGUAUUCAUAUGCAUUUCUCAAUACUUCAUAAUUUUUGCUGUCCUUUGAUUGUAAUGUAUGCCUGCCUAUGAUUGAGACUGUUGACAGACAUGUAAGGUUUAGAACUACACCUAGGUUUGGUAUAACAAUGAAAGUUUUGGGGUGAGAUUUGUCUAUGCUGCUUCUGAAAUUGGUGAUUUUAU